AUGUCUGGCUCCUACGAUGAAGCCUCGGACGAGGUCACAGACAGCUUCUGGGAGGUGGGGAACUACAAGCGGACGGUGAAACGCAUUGACGAUGGCCACCGCCUGUGCAACGACCUCAUGAGCUGCGUGCAGGAGCGCGCCAAGAUCGAGAAAGCCUAUGCGCAGCAGCUCACCGACUGGGCCAAGCGCUGGCGCCAGCUCAUCGAGAAAGGUCCGCAGUACGGCAGCCUGGAGCGGGCCUGGGGCGCCAUGAUGACAGAGGCAGAUAAGGUGAGCGAGCUGCACCAGGAGGUGAAGAACAGCCUGCUCAACGAGGACCUGGAGAAGGUCAAGAACUGGCAGAAGGAUGCCUAUCACAAGCAGAUCAUGGGUGGCUUCAAGGAGACCAAGGAAGCAGAGGACGGCUUCCGCAAGGCCCAGAAGCCCUGGGCCAAGAAGAUGAAGGAGCUGGAGGCGGCCAAGAAGGCCUAUCACCUGGCUUGUAAAGAGGAGAAGCUGGCUAUGACUCGGGAGAUGAACAGUAAGACGGAGCAGUCGGUCACCCCCGAGCAGCAGAAGAAACUUCUGGACAAAGUGGACAAGUGCAGGCAGGACGUGCAGAAGACUCAGGAGAAGUAUGAGAAGGUGCUGGAGGAUGUGGGCAAAACCACGCCCCAGUACAUGGAGGGCAUGGAGCAGGUGUUCGAGCAGUGCCAGCAGUUUGAGGAGAAGCGCCUGGUCUUCCUCAAGGAAGUCCUGCUGGAUAUCAAACGGCACCUCAAUCUAGCAGAGAACAGCAGCUACACCCACGUCUACCGAGAACUGGAGCAGGCCAUCAGGGGAGCCGAUGCCCAGGAGGACCUCAGGUGGUUCCGCAGCACCAGUGGCCCUGGAAUGCCCAUGAACUGGCCUCAGUUCGAGGUGAGAGAGUGGAACCCAGACCUCCCCCACACCACUGCCAAGAAGGAGAAACCGCCUAAGAAGGCAGAGGGGGCCACACUGAGCAAUGCCACAGGGGCUGUAGAGUCCACAUCCCAGGCUGGGGACCGCGGCAGUGUUAGCAGCUAUGACCGAGGCCAACCGUACGCCGCCGAGUGGUCAGACGAUGAGAGCGGGAACCCCUUCGGGGGCAAUGAGGCCAAUGGCGGCGCCAACCCCUUCGAUGAUGACGCCAAGGGGGUACGUGUGCGGGCGCUCUACGACUACGACGGCCAGGAACAGGACGAACUCAGCUUCAAGGCCGGAGACGAGCUCACCAAGCUGGGAGAAGAAGACGAGCAGGGCUGGUGCCGCGGGCGGCUUGACAGCGGGCAGCUGGGCCUCUAUCCUGCCAACUACGUUGAGGCCAUCUAG